AUGUCCAAUUACUCCCCUCGCCGGCCCGACGUAAGCAUCCAAUCUACCUUGAAGGCUGCAACGAUAUCUCCGGGUCGUGCACGGCAUUCCCGACGCCCUGCACUAAUUCCGGCAGCGGCUUUCAAUGCGUUAGAGUCUACCGCGGACCUUUCUUCUAUUCUUCCUGAUCUUCAUGGAUUGCACAAUGGCGGCUCCGUGUACAUACUCCCUCCAGCUCCACCACCGCCAGAGCUCCUGUUGAAGAUGAAGUUGGAACAGCAACAACAACAGCAACAACACCUCCAACCGCGUCCCGUAGCUCUCCGACGUGAUCCGAGCAGUUCUAGCCUUUCAACGGAUGCUUCCGAUGUAGAUAUUGAGGGUGACUGGGAUAUGAGUGGAACGGAAACCCCCGUUCAGCAACCGGCAUUGCCAGGUUCUCGAACCAAAGUCAGCAAUACAAUGAGAAGAUGGAGUAUGAAAGAUUUAGUAGAUAUGGAUCACAAGGGAGAUGAAGAGGUCUUUGAAACACCCAAACAAUACAUCCACAAAAGGCAAACGUCAACAGUUUCACAAGAUCUCUUUUCUUGGGUUAAUUCCUCUACAGACGCUGAGUCAGGUGUCAGGAUGGUGGACAUUGGUAGCCGGGUUAUCAAAGAUUUGGAUAGCCUUCCAACAAGUCCUAUGUCUUCGACGGCUCACCCUGAUAUACAGCGCCAACUAGAGCGUCUGCAGGAAGCUAGUAGGAUCCUGCACGGUCUCUAG